AUGGAGGACUGGGCGGCAAAGCCAGAAAAAGAAAGGGACAACAAAGAUCACCUGCGUCGCUCGAAUUGGAGCACGACAGUCGUAUCAGCCGAGGUUUGCAAAGGUCAGUUCAGCAAUCUGGCGCGGCACGGCCAGUCCACCACAGCUCGGUUAUGGAUGGACGACGGGUAUGUACGGGCGAGUAGGGCGGACCUUUACCCCAGUGAACCCACGGUUUUCCCAGAUCGCCAGGCUGACGGUUGCUCUCCAACCAAAGUGGAGUCCCCGUCGCGAUAA